GUCCACAGCUGGCUCAGCCACCGAUCCAUGUACCUUGAAACCUGAAGGCCGACGGAGCCGUCUAUAUAAGCGGCGACCACUGGGGCAUUGGCAAGAGUCACCGACUAAACACACCAUGUACGCUCUGAUUGUCCUGUCCGCCGUUGUGGCUGCCGCUGCUGCCGGCAUUGUGGCCCCCGUAGUCCCCGUGGUUCACGCCGCCCCCCUCGUACACGCUCCUGUAGCCCACAGCUCUGUAUCCGUGGUCAAGACUGCCGUGGUUCACCCCGCUCCCCUCGUCCAUGCCCCUGUAGUCCACCACGCUCCCGUUGUUCCUGUCGUCAAGACCGUACACACCCCUUUGGUGCCCGUAGUCAGGCAUGCCCCCCUUGUCCACGCUGCCCCCGUGGUGCCAGUACUUAGGGCCGCCCCUGUCGUCCACGCUCCCCUCGUCCACGCUCCCGUUGUGCACCAUGCUCCAGUUCUAGUACAUUAAGACUAAUAAAAUAAACAAUAAAUUUUAUUUUUUUAGUUAA